GGCAUCUUCUGCUGUGACCUGCUGUCAGUCUGGCUCUGGUUCAGCCUGGAAGUGGAUGGGUCAUCCUGGGGCAGGAGGGCAUGUGGGCUCCAAAGUGUCUACCCCUGGAGACUCUUGUUCUAGCAAAGACGGAGCAGAUCUAACUCCAGGGUGAACCUGGGGUGCAGGGCUGAGUCAGGGCUCGGAUGGAAGGAAGGGACAUGGCUAGCGUCUGGUCCCAGGGACCCCCAUGGACAGGAGGUGCUGAUGGGUCCUGCAGAGGGGCUGCUCCAUCCCUUUUCCCUGGGGCUGGGGGGCUGAUGGGGGAGUGGGAAAGCUAGCCUACUUGGCAGUGAGGGUGACCAUUCAGCUCAGGCUGGGACAUGGAAGAGAGACACAGUUCCAGGGAGUCGCAAUAGCAAGCUGGGGGGCACAAGGAUGUGGGGUGCUGCUGGGUCCAGAAGCCACGAGGCAGAAUCAUGGGCAGGAAGCUGUAGAGAGGGGGUUCUGCCUGACGCAACAGCACGGAAAGCUGGUAGUGAGAGAGCAAGCCCCUGGGGGGACUGCAUACGGUAGCAAAGAGCUCUGACUGGGUGGGUGGGUGAUAGUGUCAGAGAGUGUGUGCGAGCAUGCAUGUGUAUGUGUGAGUGUGUGCAUGUGUGUGAGCUGGGCAGGAGACAGGAGAGGGUAUCAGUGUCCACUGCCCUGGAAACUGAGGAAGAGUAUUCAUUGGGCGGGCUGACCCAGGGCUCAGCCCAGGGGGCCUCAGAGCUGGACCGUAGGGGCGCCCCAGGCGGUGGUGGCAGGAAUCUGUGAGCAGUGAUGCCUUUGGCUGAGGUGGUGCGGGAAAGCUGGAGGGGAUCCCGUUUUGUGUUAAAGAUGCAGACACCCGUGUGCUGGUUGGCAGGGGAUGGGGAGGCUCUGGGGGCUGGACCAGAGAUGGACCGGUGAUGAAUGAAGACCCUCAGGGGUCGGUGAGAGGGACAUGCCUUCCCCUGGAUCUGUGUGCUGGAGUGUGCCUCUGUCUCCUCCCUCUGCGGACCGCGUGACCUGAGGCUGGGGUACAGACACAGCCCGUGCGACGGGGUGGUGCUGGUCCGGCACAAGGAGCAGUGGGGACACGUGUGCAACCAGGAGUGGACGUUGGCAGAAGCAUCUGUGGUCUGCAGGCAGCUGGGCUGUGGACAUGCCGUGGGUGCCCCCAAGUACGUCCCGUUGCCGGGGGAGAUGGUGCGGCCCUGGCUCCACAAUGUGUCCUGCAGGGGCGACGAGCCGUCCUUCUGGGAGUGCAGCCUCGGGGCUUGGACGCGGAGCGAGUGCCCUCACGAGUGGGUAGUAGUUGCUCUGUGUGCAAAUGGCACUUUUCGGGAGAUUCGGCUGGUGAAGGGCCGCAGCCCCUGCUCUGGACUUCCUGAGAUCAGGAAUGUGAACGGGGUGGAUCGCCUCUGCGGCCUGCAUGAGGAGGAGGCCACGGUGUUCUGCCGGGAGCUGGGGUGUGGGCCUGUGCUUCAGGCCCCCCGCCGAGACGUGGGUGUCGUCAGGAAGUACAUGACAUGCAAGGGCACCGAGCCGACCAUCCGGAACUGCAGACUGAACAACAACCUCCGGAGCGGCUGCGACUUCCAGCAGGACGCGGAGGUAGUCUGCUCAGGACACAUGGAAGCCCGGUUGGAGGGCGGUGAGCACCCCUGUGCCGGGCGUCUGGAAGUGAGGCGUGGCCUGACCUGGGGCACCGUCUGUGACGCUGACCUGGACCAGGCAACGGCCCAUGUGGUGUGCCGGGAGCUGCAGUGCGGCUCGGCUGUGUCCACUCCUGGGGGCGCCCUCUUCGGCCAGGGCUCUGGGCCUGUGUGGACAGAGGCCUUCCGUUGUGCAGGCAAUGAAUCCCUGCUGUUCCACUGCCCUCGGGGGCCUGGGCACCAGUGUCGGCACCGCCAGGAUGCCGGGCUCAGGUGCUCAGAGUUCCGGCUGGUUAAUGGCAGCAGCAGCUGUGAGGGGCGCGUGGAGCUCCAGGUGCAGGGGGCCUGGGCGCCCCUCUGUGCUGCCCACUGGGACUUAGCAGAUGCCACCGUCCUCUGCCACCAGCUCAACUGUGGCAGCGUGGAGGCCACACCCCAGGGAGGCCACUUUGGGGAUGGGGACACUUCCAUCUGGCCUGACGUAUUUCACUGUGUGGGGACAGAACCCUAUCUGUGGAAUUGCCCAGUAAGCACCCUGGGUGCCGGGGCCUGUGCCUUGGGAAACGUGGCUGCCGUGGUCUGCUCAGGUCUCCUCCACGCCCUGCGGCUGAGGGACGGACAGAGCCGCUGUGAUGGCCGCGUGGAGGUCUCCCUGGACGGGGUGUGGGGCCGCGUCCUGGAUGACGCGUGGGACCUGCGCGCCGCCCGCGUGGUGUGCAGGCAGCUGGGCUGCGGACCGGCUGAACGGGCCUACGACGCACCUGCACCCAGGCGCGGGGCGGUCCCGGUGGGGCUGAGCCGCGCGCGCUGUCAGGGCACCGAGACCCGGCUGACCCAGUGCAACGUGUCCGCAUCCCCGCUGGUACCCGCGGGGGCCUCGCGGGAUGCGGGCGUCGUGUGCUCUGGGAGCCGGCGGGUGCGGCUGGCCGCGGGGCCCCACCGCUGUGCCGGGCGCGUGGAGGUGCUGCACCGGGGCGUGUGGGGCACCGUGUGUGACGACGGCUGGGACCUGCGGGACGCCCACGUGGUCUGCCGGCAGCUGGGCUGCGGCCAAGCCCUCCGCGCCCUGGGGGCUGCGCCCUUCGGGGCGGGGUCCGGGCGCAUCUGGAUGGACCAGCUGGGCUGCAGCGGCCACGAGUCUGAGCUGUGGCAGUGCCCGUCGGGGGGCUGGGGCCAGCAGGACUGCGGGCACAAGGAGGACGCCGGCGUGGUCUGCUCAGGGUCAGUGGAUCUGAGGCUGCGAGGUGGCAUCCACCACUGUGCUGGGUGGCUGGACGUGUUCUACAAUGGGACGUGGGGUGCUGUGUGCAGUAAUGCCCUGAAGGACAUCUCCUUGUCCAUCAUCUGCAAGCAGCUGGGCUGUGGGGAGCAGGGCUGGCUAGAGAACAGGCCCGUCCACUCCAGCUCUGGCACCUCCUGGGUGGACAACAUCGAGUGCCGCAGGCUGAGAAACUCCACGCUGUGGCAGUGCCCCUCGGCACCAUGGCACCCACGCUCCUGUGCCCCUGGAGAGGAGGUCUGGAUCACCUGUGCAGGAUUGUCAGAGAAAAUGACGCAGGAUUCUGGGGAGACCCUCAACUGCUCACCCACCCACAGCUGCCCAGAGGAGGGCAUGCUGCGUGUGCGUGGGGGCGAAGACAGCUGCUCUGGCCGCGUGGAGCUCUGGCACGCUGGAUCCUGGGGCACCGUGUGUGACGAUUCGUGGGACCUGGCCGAUGCGGAUGUUGUGUGCCGUCAGCUGGGCUGUGGCCCGGCUGUGGGGGCCCUUGCGGGGGCCGCCUUCGGGCCAGGCUCGGGGCCUGUGUGGCUGGACGAGGUGGGGUGCCGUGGCAGUGAGCUGUCCCUGUGGAACUGUCCUGCAGAGCCAUGGGGACUUGGAGACUGUGGACACAAGGAGGAUGCGGGAGUGCACUGCUCCCGUGACAGGGGGACCACGGCCUUGCCCCCAGCACGGGCAUGGACAUCGGGCCCCCCUCUGGCCCCUCCAUCUGCUCUCAAGGCUGGGAACCUGCCCGUGAUGUUUUGCCUUGUCCUCGGCACCCUUCUGGUCAUCGUCUCCCUGGUCCUGGGGGCACAGUGGUACCGUGGCAGAAGCCGCAGGGGUUCCAGAAUGUUGGCGAGUCUGCCCUCGGAAGGUGUUUACGAGGACAUCGGAGCUGUCCCCAUGGGGGACAAAGACGAGGAGCCCAGAGCAUCCCAGAACCUGGCCCUGGAGGAGGACUAUGAUGAUGCUGGGGAGCCGGAGCUGGGCCUGGAGGAGGAGGGGGAGGAGGAGGAAGAGGAGGAGACGCCCCUGAGCCCCGCUGGUGUGCACCUCUGUGCCUUGGCGUCUGUCGCCCUCUUCAUCUUGUACUGCUCCUGUGCCCGGGGCUCUUCUCUGGCCAGUGCCUACAUUUAAAGACCCUGAGAGCCAUCUGCCGUGUGUCCAUGACCCUCCCUCCUGCGUCACAGGCUUGCACGUCAGGAGAUCCGGCCGUCCCUUCAAAGUUGCUCCUUAGACAGGAAUCUUCUUGUGGGUGGAUGGGAGUUUAGGAAGGGUCCUGGAGUUUUCUUUGGGUUUCUUUCCACGGCUGCCCUCGGGGUCCUUCUAGUACCUUGUCCUGGUCGGCUGCAGGGGGCCUGAGCAGACAGGGUGGGAGGGGAUGCGGUGUGACCCUGGCUCACCCUCUCUAGUCCUUACCUGACCUUCUGGCCUCAAGGGACACACCAGGGCCUAGAAGUUGAGGGGCUCUGAGGGAUGGCCAAGGGGCCCAAUGUGCCUCUCUCUCCUUAAAUGCAGGUGGGGCUCCUUGCAGCCUCGGCCCCAAAGCUCAGGCUGAGAUGGAAGACACAGCAUGCCCUAGGACGUGAUGACAGUGAGCUGGCCGUGGGGGACAUCAGUGAGACCAGAGAGGGGAGAGAGCCCAGGCCCUGGGGGGCUUUCAUUGUCCUCAUUUCAAAAGGAGAUGUCAUUAAAGUCCCUCUGAACUCAUUCAUGCAUUAAUUCAUCUCAGAAACAUUCCUCAGGCAACCCUUGCCCCAGCCCAGGUUCUGUUCCCAGCUUCCCCCUCUUCAUCCUGGUCCGAUGUGGGCGCGCGUUUUCCACGUUCCGCACCCACAGCUUCUUGCCCAUGUGGUUCUCCUGCGCGCAUCGGGGUGGACGCCCCCUGACCAACCAGGUCGUGGACGCCCCUCCUCACAUCCACAGAGCGAGCUGGAACCGGCCCAGGUGUCCCGCGGUGCUAGAGGCCCCGCUACUCACAGAGGGACCCAACCCUUUGUGACCACACCCGCGCUGGCCACAGCCUUCCCACCCCCUUCCCUCCCCAU